AUGAGCUGGUUGCUCUCUUUACAAGAAAGAGUGAUAUGGAAAACAGAGGCAAGGUCAGGCAGCGCUGCACGUCAGCAUACACCAUUCCAAACUAACAGAUGUUCUCAGAAUAAUACUUUCCGCACCACAUUGCGCAUAUAUACAACCAACUCGUCUGGACACUUGCGCAGGAAACUGCCAGUGAGAUACGCCAAUAAAGACCUGGAUCCAUCCCCCUCAGGACGAAGACCUGAUUUGACGGCGAAGGGGAAAAAGGAGUUUGUUGCUCUCUCUCCAGGAAAGAGUGGUAUGGAAAACAGAGGCAAGUUCAAGCAGCGCUGCACGUUAGCAUACACCUUCCGAGCCAACGGAUGUUUUCUAGAUCAACGGUUUCCACACCGCAUCGCACAUAAUCACAACCAACUCGUCUGGACACUUGCGCAGGAAGCUGCCAGUGAGAUAUGCCAAUAA